AUGAACAGAAAUCACAACUACAGAGCAGGUUCCUUCAACUCCAUCUCUCGUCCCUACCUCCCCUCAAUCGACGAGAACGAAAUCGCCUCUACACCCUCAUCUCAUAGCCCUUCAACACCUCCCCUCCGCAUCCCCAGGAAAUCACCCAGGCGCGCUCUUCGCAACAAUGGAAUUCCACCGGCGUAUAUACCCCGAGGGCGAGUAUACUAUGCUCCCCCCAUGGCGCACUAUACCCCGCCGCCUAGCUACAGCUACAGCGAUGCUAAGGGCAAAUUCCUAGAGCAGGAGUUUUCAGAGGCUGGGAGCUACAGAGAGAGGAAGGGUUGUGGACUUGAUAAGCGGCGAGGAUGUUGUCUGUUGGUUAUUGCGCUUGUGGGCGUCGCUAUUGUUGCUGUUGCGCUGGGUAUUGGACUUUCGAUAGGGUUGAAGGACGAAGACAGAGCAGCUCCUCAGGAGACUUCAACCUCAGAGCCCCCAGCUGAAUUCCCAGCUGGUUCUUUUGCGUUCAAAGCAGAUCUUCAAAACACUACCACAGACUGUACCUCCAACCCCUCAACAUGGCGCUGCUAUCCAUACGAGAAGGGCUCAUCAGCAACGUUCUUCUGGAUAAUCUCAUCCAACAACAACUCCUCAUACAACAUCUCAUCCACAGAAAACCCUUUUGCACCAUCAUUCACGAACUUGACUCUCAAGGUUCUUGACAAGGAUACAUCCCAGGAGCGUCUUCAGUUUUCUUUCUCAAUGAACAAGACGGUUGUCCCGGAUGAUCAGCUCUCGUCGAGUAAUCGUGCAGCAAAGUGUACGUUUGACGAUACGCUUUUCGAAGCUACACUGUGGACGCAGCGGAGAAGAGGUGAUGAGGCAGCUGAAAACACCAAGUUUGCGGCUUGGCCGGGUGACGUUGAUGUUGUUCAACGCAAGACAUUCAACCGAGGAUCGCCAAAUUGUGUAGACAGCGAGGGCGGUAAAGUGGGUGACGUAAAGUCUGAGUCUGGAGCGUGUGAGUGCCGCUAUGCAAACUAG